ACUCUCUUUCAUUUACUAGAUUUUAUGUCACAACAUAUUUCCUCAUUAGAUUGUAACGAAACAUGUAAUUAAUCGAUAGAUAUAAAAAAAAAACAUUAUGAAUAUAUUAUUCAUACAUGUGGAUGUCCAACUACUCGCUACCCAUGUUGUCUUGAUAAUAAUAAAUAGGACUCACUUCCAUUUCUUCUAUUCCUAACAAAUAUACAAUCCAAGUUAUUUUCAUGUAACUAAAAAAGUUGUCUUCUCCACAUUUUCCCUUUUGUGUUCAUUUCUCUCGGAUAAACAACUCAACAAAUAUCUGAAGGCGAUGGUGGAUCACUCUAUCCAACCAAUGAAUUGAACACCAUAAGACUCCCUAUCCAAAACCCCAAACUCUUCCCCACCUCAUCACUAUCUAGAUAUCACUCCCACUCCCAACCCAACCCAACGAGUGGUUUCUCUACCUCCAAACCUUUGGACACCAUUUAAUUAGUCAAUCAUAAUAAAACACGAUCAAUCUUCCCCCCUCAGGGCUCAUUCUGCUUCACCUGUUAUUCAAGCCUUUUAUUUUUAUUAUCCAAAGGGGAACAAAAAGCAGAGGAGGAGGCGCCAUGGCUUCAACUUGCUCCACCACUUUGUCGAUCUCAUCCUCUUCCUCCAGCCUUGUGGAUGCAGCCAAGGGUCCUCGCCAGCCUGCAGCGUCUUCUGCUACUCAAUGCGUCACUCUCCCCACACUUCCCCCUCUCGCAGCAGCCCGCCCUUCUUCCAAGGCCGCAACUUACUGUCGGAAGAUUGCUCGCAAUGUCAUGGCCAUGGCGACGGCAGGGGAUCCUGCUGCUCCUGCUGAGGUUGACACAACUGAGCUGCCUGAAAUUGUGAAGACUGUUCAAGAAGCAUGGGAUAAAGUGGAAGACAAGUAUGCAGUGUCUUCUCUAGCUGCGGCUGGUGUACUUGCAAUCUGGAGUUCUUCUGGGAUGAUCUCGGCUAUCGACAGGCUUCCUUUAGUUCCUGGUGUUCUUGAGAUUGUGGGCAUUGGUUACACUGGAUGGUUUGCAUACAAGAACCUCUUCUUCAAACCUGACAGGGAGGCUUUGAUACAGAAAGUGAAAGACACUUACAAGGACAUAAUUGGCAGCAGCUGAAAGGGAGUAGAAGAGCUGUGGCUGCCGUGCCAUUGAUAAUAAAAUCAGUAUAACUCUCUUUCUUUGGAGAGAAAUGCAAAUGAUUCUGUGAGCAGCCAUGCGCCUGUCUCUCUGCUUUGUUUCCCCUUUCAUCCUCUCUCUUUGCGGAAACUCCUAACCACUGUAAUCUAUAUAUAGUUCAAACUUAUGAGAGAUGUUACUGGAAUUGAAUGCUUGUUGUGAUAAAGCAAGAGUUAGCCUUCUCUUAGAUGCACUUCAAUACAGCAGAAUUAGCCAUCUUCAGGACUUUAUGCUGCAUCCUCUCCCUACCACCUAGGAUUUGAGCCAAUGACAGUCCAAUAAGUUGAGAUUUGACCUUUCCUGGUGUGAAAAUCUAGAGCAUCAUUGGAAGAACGUGUUCCACCAGUCCAUCACAAUUACCUUCCCAGCACUGCAUUGUAGGAGAUUGAUAACACCUAAUUUAUACAUAUUUCAUACCCGAUUUUUAGGUGCUUUUAGUAAAGUUUGUCAUAAUUGUGUCAAGAUUUGAUCCAUAAUGAGCUAGGUGUAGUUAUAUGUUAGAUUUUCUGGUCUUAGAACGAUUUGGGACAAAGUGAGCGGAUUUGGAACUUGGGGAGCCAAAUGUAGUCAUAAGGAGGAAGCCAACCAAAGUUCACGUCCAUGAGCUGAACUUGGAAAUUUCGUAUAAACUUAUGAACUUUUUAUAAAAUUGUUCAGGUCGCAAUAAUGGAAUACGAAGUGAGAUGGUCCAGUGGCUGGGAACUUGCUUUUACAUUCAUAAGGUUAGGAGUUCGAGUUCGAAACCCAUUGAAUGCACAUAUAGUCUCAAUAAUUGAUACAUAUUUCUUAAAUAAAAAUUUUAUAUGAAUUAAAAUUGAUGCUAUGAAAAUAUUACAAAAUAUAAUUUUUUUCUUUUUUCUUAAUUUUAUUGUCUUUUCGCAGUAACAAAUAAACCCCUUCGGAACAUUACAUUAUGUCUUCGUUCCUGACUCAAAGAUGAAAUUUCAUUUUCUGCACUUACAAUUACAAUUGGUAAAUCAAUAAUAAUUGUAGAAUCAUAUAAACUAAUGGAUUCAUAAAUAAAAAUUAUGUGUAUGAUAUAUUCACUUUUGUGAGUUUGUCUACACGAAAUAAGUUGUAAAUAUUUUGAUUAACUCUAAUCAUCUAAAAAUGCCAGUUAUAAUAAUAACAAAAACUGUUUUUGUUAAUUUUAUCCGUUUUUCGAAGUAGUAGAAUAAAAAAAAUCCGGCCCCCCAAAUGUCAAAUCCAAGCUCCGCCCCAGUGAUUACGCAUUUACAAAAUACUGUCUCAAUUUAUUCUAUUUCAUCAGAUCAACCUUUAUAGAACUAAGUUAACUUAAUGAAUAUUUGUCUCUUAGAUAAUAAAAAUAUCGAACAUCUUUAUUUAAACUCUGUUUAAAAAGAUUUGAACUGUAUUUUAGUAAUCAUGAUUUCAAGAGAUCAAUUUGCAUCCAAUUAUGUUAAAAACAUGUUUUCCGACCGGUAAACAAAAUGCAACUGUAGUGUUUUUAUUAGAACCAUGCAUAUGUGUACUUGUGUAGUACAUGGUGAUGACAUUGUUAGUAACCAAUUAAAUUUAAGUUCUUUCCUUCGCGUCCCUUUCUAUCUCAAAAUCAUAGUGAUUUUAAGUAAUGGAGGGGACACGAAGUCACGAACUAGAAGAACUUUGGUGGUAAGAACGUGAUUCACGCAAGGGCACUGCUCUGCCGACGUCAAAUUGUGGGAGAGAAGGAACGGUUGUUCGAUUGUGGUAAAUGGUUUUUUUUUUUUUUUUGCAUUUGUACGUAGUCAUUAUGUUUUAAAGUUGCAAGAAUACAACUUAUAGUAAUUAUUUUUACAGUUAUAGAUUUUCAAUUUCAAUACAUAUUACUGCAACUCAUUAUUAUCUCUUCGCUAUUCAAUAUUUUCGCAAAUUGCAGAACGUCAAUUUGGCUGCUUCAGAUUGAGGACUUCCAUUAAUCACAAUGAACAUGCUUAUAACUUAAAGCUAUUUCCAAGGAUGUAGGCAAAUGUUAGGGUGCUAACAAUCGUAUGCCGCUAAUACUAGAUUCAGCCAAUAUAAUGACUAUUUUUAUAUAAGAUAUUUAUUUAUAUUAAAAAAGAUAUUUUGAUAUAUCUCAGACAAUUUUGUUUGGGUGCAUCGUAAUAAUUUUUUGAAGAAGUCAUGCAUCUUAAUACUACCCUCAUCUACAUUAUUAAAAAAAAAAAAAUACUACCUCAUCUACCUUUAAAAUAUACCCCCUUCAUCUAAGCACGUUUAAGGUUUAACUUCAUAUAUUAUGAGUUGCAUUCAUGUAAGUAAAUAAAUUAAAAUAGAAAUACUUUUUAGAUAAAAAGAAUAACAACAUAUAUAAUUAAGUCUAUAAUUCCUAGUUAUGCAUAAGUGGCCAAUUAAAUCUUGACCCUUUGGUGCUAAGUGGUGUUAGAUUUAAGAGGUGAGAUAAAAAUGUUUUUCAAGUUUCCUAUUUAUUUUAUUAGCGGCUUGUAUCUUUUUUGUUGUAACCAGAAUUUUAAAUUUUGUAUACAUACGGGACAAACUCAUUGUGAUCUACGUAAUGAUAUUCAUUUUUUUAUAUAUAUUUUGUAUGUAUAUUUUUUUAUCACCCAUUACCACUCGUUACCAUCAUGAUUUUUAACCAACUUUUAACAAAUUUUACUACAUAAUGAACGAGUUCAUUGUGAUUUAUUAUGAUAUACAAAAUUCAUGGGAAACAAAAAUUUCAUGACCAAAUAUACCACCCUGUACUAUUAUGGUAUAAGUUAGUAACUGGUGGCGAAUGGAGUAUAAAGGUCACAACUGGUGGUUAAUAUAUUCCUACUAUCACAUAUACAACCAUUUUACACUAUGCUGUAUUUUAUUACCACCUUGUUACACUUUCAUAACAUCAUGAUAAUAUCUUAUAUACUAUCUAGUAUUACCAUUAUUGUAUAGACUAUUAAUAAAUGUCUAAAUUUUAAUUUCUGAAAUAUAUCAAACUGGAUAUAAUUUUGAAGAACACGAUUAAUCUAAUUUUUUUUGUGAAUGUUUUUUUUUAAUUUCGACUUAAGACAAAUAAAAGUUCGUUGAAUUAAAAUAUGUUAUUAUUAUUAUUAUCCACCGGUCACCGAAAUAAUUAAGUUAUUGAAAUAUCGGCUCUCUAUACAAUUACAAACAAAAUUAUAUUGAUAAUGAUGGGUGUUAAAAUAUGAAGAUCAACCAUUACCGGAACUUAAAAGAUUGAAAAAGAUUGCGGGACUAAGAGACCUAAUUCCGUGUGACAACAAAACAAAGGCUGUGUUACGUGUUGCGCUUCACUCGGCUGAGACGGGACGGGAUGCAGAUAAAUAAAGUACGUGAAGGCAAAUAAUUACGAUUUUAUAAUUAAUAUCCUUUUUGUCG